CCGGCCUUGAAAUUAAAACCUCGAAAUUCUUUUUUAAUUUCUAGAUUUUAUUUAAACUUUGCAUUAAAAUCUUUCGGUCUUCUUUUUUAUUCUGCUUAUAAUUCAUUUCAUAUUUAGCUAAUAUUACACAAGCCAAAUAUUCUGAACAAAACUUUGCAAAAAUUUGGAAAAAGGGGGAAUAAACUUACCAAAAACUUGGGGUUUCCCGACCUAAUUUCAAUAGAAAAUUGUAGUAUGUAAGUUUUUUUUUUUUUUUGAAUUUCCUGAAUUUAUUUUGCACGCAGUAAUUGUUAUCAAUUAGCUCUUCGUUAAAUUAUUGCAGUUGAUUAACCUUCUUUAUCAAUGGGAUUACAUAGCUCAUAUCUGGGCCAGCGAAAACCGCAGCCGUGUGCACUCAAAAAAUAAAUCCAAAGCCAAUUAAGACAAUCAAUCGCAAAGCGACCCAAAGCCAACUGAACCGGCAAAAUGAAUACUGCAAGCGCCGGCUAGUGACGCAGAUGGUGCCCAUGCCCACCCACUGCCGGUGAGUUUUCCGAUAAAUGUGUUUGUGGAUUGUUAAAUCGGCUUAUGAUCAGGCAACAGUAAAAACAAGCGCCUCGAAGUUCGUUGAUUCCGCAUGUUACUCGCAUAUCAGUGGACAGUCUGCGCGGUAUUUCCAAACAGAAAACAUAUGCACGCAGCUCCAUUUUCGAUUUAACGAUUUUUAACCACUACAAAAAUUAACGUGAAUUUGCGCUAUGAGCUCGGUGCGACCACUGAAGCCCGCUCUGCAGGCGAUUGCCAUCAAAGAGUUGAACGAGGUGCCCCAGCGGGUGCCCCAGGACAUUAAAGCUCUAAGGGAUUGGGUACUAAAGCAGCCACAUCUGCACGCCUGCACCGACGACCAGUUCCUCCUCGCCUUUCUGCGCGGCACCAAAUUCAGCGUGGAGCGGGCGAAGGAAAAGUUCGAUCGCUUCUACUCGCUGCAAGCUUCUAUUCCCGAGGUCUUUAACGAACGUCGCCUGGCCACCGAUCCCCUAGUGCUGGACAUCAUAAGGAUGGGAAUCCUUCUCCGACUUCCCCUGGCCGCGGAUGAUCCGGGUCCUUGUGUGACCAUCGUUCGUGCUGGUUCCUACGACACGGGCAAGUACAAGUUCCAGGACAUCAUACGCGUAGGCUCUAUGUUCGGAGAAAUCAUGAUGUUCGAGGAUGAGAAUGCCACGGUCAGCGGAUACGUUGAAAUAAUGGACAUGGCUGGAGUGACGGGGUCCCACCUGUUUGCUCUGCAGCCUCAGCUGCUAAGUAAGUUCUCCACUUACGCGGACGAGGCGAUGCCGACGCGACAGAAGGGCAUCCACUUCAUCAAUGUCCCACCGGCUUUUGAAACGGGCUUCAAUUCGCUGAAAUCUUUCUUUCCUGCCAAAAUCAAGAGUCGGAUCUCAGUGAGCUCUGAUCCUGAGGCUGUUUUUCAGCUAGUUCGCCGCGAGUAUUUGCCACAUGAAUAUGGAGGAACUGCCAGCUCCAUGAAGGAUAUCAGCCAAGCUAUGGAAGAGAAACUAUCCAGCUACGCAGCCUACUUUCGAGCCUCCCAGAAUUAUGGCACAGAGGAGAAGUUGCGCGAACUUGGGGAUCGGGUUCAGAGCGAUCAUCGUUCCACUUUUGGAGCUGUUGGGUCUUUUCGAAAACUGGAAAUCGACUGAUUGCCGAUAAUGUAUAUUUUAUAAAUGUCAUACAUAUUUUGUAUCUGUAAUUUAGUCGCAAUAGCAAGAGUUUGGAGCGAGAUUAUUGAUUAUAGUUGUACAUAUAAAGUUACUUUAAUUGGUGUACAGGAAAAUCGUGAAAAUUUGGUAAAUCUAAAUGUUAUUUGUUAAAAUAUUUUCACUUUAAACUAUAAAACAUUAUCAUGCAUCUUAGGAAAUCAGUCGAAUAAGUUUAGUCUUCUAAAGGUUUUGGAACUUUUGGUUGUAUUAAAGAAUUGUAUUAAAUAAAUUGUAUAAUAUAAUAA